GUGUCCCGUGUCUGUCCAAAAGUUCACAUUGCAAUUAACUUUGGCAAUCGUCUGUUGUUGUUUCCAUUUUGCGCAGCCUCAGCAGCGUGCUCUGCAAAACUGAAGCGUUUUCGGCAGCUAUACAAACAACAAGAACAACAACUGCUGUAACUACAACAUCAGUGCGAGAGAAUUGAAAUAACAAGAAGGAACAGCUACAACAUGCAACACUUCAAGUGCAGUCUAUUGGUGAUGACGCUAUUGGCGAUCAACCUGCAUAUGUCCGCUGGGGCGCCGGGUCUGCGUGUUAAGCGCCAACAGCUGCCCUCUGGAGCGGAGCUGCUCACACUCACUGAGGACAACGACAGCAACAUCGAUGCUGCGGACCUGAAUCCCAUCAACGCAGAGGAGGUGUUAGGCGCUGGCCUAGAACGCAACAAAAGAAAACUGCCCGAUGCCACGUUUGAGGCUAAAAAUGCUGUGCUCGGAUUUGUCUUUGGCAAAAUCGACAAUUUCCUAGACACCAAGACGCGCGUCAUUGAGCAAUUGGAUCGCUCCAACAUCGAGAAGAACAAGCAAUGGGACAUUAAGUCGCCAGUACCCAUUAAGGACUUCCAAACUCUGAUCACCGCCGUGGUCUCACCGAAGAUUCGCUCGAUUGGUAACAUCGCCAAUGAUCUGACCACUGGCGUCUUGACCACCAUCACAGCCUUUAGUGGCAGCUCCUCGGGCAAUGGCAAUGCAAAUGCUGGACUCGGCAAUGUUGUCUCCAAGUUCCUUAGCUUUUCGGGCCCCAUACUGCAGGGCUCGUCGGGCGCACAGGGUGUGGCUGGUGUGACGACACCGGCACCAGACUCAGAUGAGGCGGGCUAUUAGGUGGAUGAUGAGACCCACAUUGGAUGCUGGAGCGCAUAAUUUAUGUAACUAAGUGAGGAACUCCCCCACAUUCUCCACCAACGACUUCACACACAUACACACACACACACUCAACUCGCUCUGAUUGAUGAAAUUUGAAAUCAACUCUUUUGAUGUAAUUAGCGAAAAUUGCGUUUAGUUAUUAAGUUGAA